AUGACCUACAACAGAGCAUACGAUUACGAGUCGAUCGUGCACUACCCGAGCAUCCUCAAUGCUCAGAAGGCUAAGGAGCAACUGGAUGCGCCUCUGCUGAAGUGGAAGAACGGGGGCAGGGGGUUUACCCCACCAAGUGAGGCCAUGGACGAGAAUACAGAAAGAACUCUGUUCGGAAGGGUGCCGACUGCGGGUGACAUUGAGGCUCUCAAAAUGAUGUACCCUUGGAACGGCUGA